AUGGCUCUCGAAUCCAUGGCCUACCACAUGCCUGACUUCAGGGGCAGGCUUAUCGACGCUGGUCGUCUCGAGCUGGUACGACUCCUCGGCGCUGGCGGCUGCGGAGUCGUGUAUCUCGCCGUCGAUCACCACGCCCCAUCCUCGAGCUCCUCAAAGGCGACUCCCGUCCGACGUGCGGUGAAAAUCAUUCGCAAGGUCGAUACGCCUGAUAUCGAGUAUCAAAGGCGGGAGAUCGACCUCCACUCGCUCGUCUCGGGUAUUCCCCACGUCCUUCCGUUGCACUACGCCUUCGAAGACGAGCACUACUUCUACCUCGUCACGGAGUACUGCGAGACCGACUUGUACAAGGUCCUCUUCGAGAGCCAGACGUUCCACGGCAACGACGAGCUGGUCCGCUCUGCGUUCCUGCAGAUCCUGGAUGCGGUGCACGCGUGCCACCAGAAACGGGUGUUCCACCGUGACCUGAAGCCGGAAAACAUCCUUUGCAGCGCAGAUGGGAGCGACGUAUACAUAGCCGACUUCGGGCUCGCGACGCAGAACUCGCGGAGCGCCACGUUCGGCUGCGGUAGCGCGCCCUAUUUGAGUCCCGUACUCAUCAAGGCCACAGAGAGCGUUGGCCAGGAGUUCAGCCAACAGGCAUACUCCACAAAACGCGCGGACGUAUGGGCUUUGGGGAUAAUCCUCGUCAACAUGAUCACCGGCCUCGGUCCUUGGGAGAAAGCCGUGACGGAGGACCCUCGCUUCUGCGAGCAUCUGCUUGACGAUGGCUACUUGGAGCGCGUUAUCCCAGCAUCGCGGGGCGUCAUCCAGGUUCUGAAGAAGGUCUUCAGGAUCAACCCGCAGUCGCGCCCAAGUCUGGAGCAGUUACGCCAGAGCAUCGUCAACCUCGACAACUUAUUCCCUGCAAGGAAAGAGGUCGAGACAUCGACACCAGCGCUUUCGUCCGUUCUCGUCGCCGGCGUCGUGCCCCAGGAGGUCGUAGUCGAUGUCGAAGAAGACGAGGAGAGGAUUACCGAUCCCGGUGAAUUCUACGAGUAUGACGACGACUCAGACGAGGAACACGCCUACCUCUACAUCGGCGCUGUCGACGACACGGCGGAUUCCGACUCCGAGUGUACGUCUGUCGACGAGAGCGGCCCUGCCACACCUAGUAGCUUUCCUGUCCCUCUCAACGGAUCGGAGUUCGUGGAGGGUUUGGAGAAGGCACUGUUGCCCCUGACGGACGCAGGAAAGCCUGUCGAGCCAGCUUCAGAGGUCAGCAUUCUCGCGCGCUUGGACUUGCUAGUACUUGAAUGA